GACAUAUAGCUAUCAAUCAUCCAAUCCAGCUCGCCUUUCCACUACGUGAAUAGCUCCAUUGUUAAUUCUAUAAAUUCGUCUCAUUUAAUCUCCCCAAUAUCCAUUACAAAUUCGAAAAAACCUACCUGCAGACAAAACCCUUUUCCUUUCUACCUCAUAAUAUCAAACAGGUUCAAAAAAAUGGUGGAAGAGGUGAUUCUUUUGGGUGAAUACAUUAGCGUGUAUGAAAUGAGGGUCAGAUUAGCCUUAGCUGAGAAAGGAGUCGAGUAUGAGUACAGAGAAGAAGACCUGACCAACAAAAGCCAGCUCUUGCUUCAGAUGAACCCGGUUCACAAGAAGAUUCCGGUUCUCAUUCACAAUGGAAAACCCAUCAGCGAAUCUUUGAUAAUUCUUCAGUAUAUAGACGAGGUUUGGAAGAAUAAAUCUCCAUUGUUGCCUUCUGAUCCUUACCAAAGAGCCCAAGCAAGAUUCUGGGCUGAUUUUGCCGACAAGAAGAUAUAUUGGGUUGGAAGAUGUGUGUUGACGACGAAAGGGAAAGAGCAAGAGGAGGCCAAGAAAGAGUUGAUAGAUAUCCUAAAGCUGCUGGAGAAGGAGUUGGGAGAGAAGCCUUAUUUUGGUGGUGACAAUUUUGGGUUUUUAGAUGUGGCCUUAAUCCCUUACGCCACAUGGUUUCUUACAUAUGAGAAACGUGGGGGGUUCAGCAUCGAAGAGGAUUGCCCCAAGUUGAUUGAGUGGGCUAAUAGGUGCAUGCAGAGAGACGCAGUGUCUAAAUCACUGCCUGAUCCUUGCGAGCUUUAUGGACGAGUUUUGGAGCGCCUGAAGAAGAUGGGCUUUGAGUAGACAUUAUUGUUUAAUUAGGACACUUGUUUGCUUAAUUUUCAGUUUAGAUCACUUUUAGUUUGGAAUUGAUUAUGGUUUUGUUAUUUAAAUGUGUUUCUUGUAUUAAUUUUCGAAGAAAAGUUGAUUGUUUUCUUAUAGAAUAUUUUAUUAAAUAUU